AUGAAAUUCAAGCUCGUAGAAGAUGGCCGCCCUCCUGCAGACAGCAGCACCGAGGGCUCAGGAGAAGAGACAAGCUCCGAGGAAGACUUCUUCCAGACCGAAACCAAGCACGAAUACUCCUCUGAAGAAGACGAGAACAUGUGGGAAGACUCCAACGAAGACAAAGCUGCAAAUAAUAAUUGGUCAGUUGAAAAAAUAGAGAAAAAAACGAGCAAAGUAAAAAAAGCUGCAUCACUCGCAAAAAACCUUCUGAAGUACGAUCUGCAGCAGAUUCUUGUCCUAAAAAGCAUCAUUGAGAAGGUGCAGAGGAAUAACGGCACGACAUACCUGCUUGACAGAACAGGCAACAUAUACUCCUACACUGACGAAAAGCUGUGCAGAAUAGAGAUGGAAAAGAACGAGAAGAGAAAGUACUUCAAAGACUUCAUAGUGAUAAGAGACAGCGUGAUCAUUGCUCUUACAAAAGCAUUCCACUCUUUUGUUAUAGUUGAUAUCAACAACAACAUCAUAAAGGAAGUCAACUUGUACCAGUACAAAGACAAAAUUUUCAGCAGAAUAAGAAAAACAAGAGACGGGUUUAUUCUGGUAGGACACAAAACACUAUACAUAUACAAUAACAACUGCAUACUUAUCGACAGAAUAAUAGCACAAGAGAAAGUGCUUGAUGUCUCAGAGGACGGGCACUCGUUCAUUAUAAUACUUACAGAGAGCAGAAUUGUGAAAUACUGUAAAAAAAUGAAAGAGAUGGUUUCAAAGUCAGAAGUGCUUGUGUCUCCACAGACGCUGUGCACAUUUGAUGGCUAUGUGGGCGUUGGAGGGAAGAGAGGCCUUUCUCUGUUUAAAAGCAGCAACUUUGACUUUAUCAAAGACAUAAAUAACCUCGAAGAUGUCACAGCCAUGGACUACAUGAGUGAAAUGGGUCUGCUCUCUUUUGGAGACAAAACAAGGCCCAAUGGCAUGAGAAUAUACAACGUAAAAGACGAGAAAAUAAUCACAACGUUCCCGCCAAGCAAAGGCCUUGACUACAUCGGAGGGUUUACAUCUGAAAAUAGAUCGAUAUACUUUGGUGUAAACAAGAAAUUGUAUGCUCUAACGGUCCCAAGCGAUGUGUAG